AGGGCCGGAGCCGAAGGGUGGGCGGCGAUCUCGCUCAGUACAGUUGUAUGGCAUCUCUGCCGCGGUCCUUCGUGCCGAGUUUGAAGGGGGUCUCCCAUCCCAAAGGAAUAAGGCUGAAAGCAAAGAUAAGGAAUUUGGUGAUCCAAAACGGAGGAAUUGUGUGCCUUGCAGCAAUGUCAGCAGAUGCUGUUGCCAUCCCAGAGAACAUAAACGGUAACAGUUACAAUCAAGAAGACAAGCCUUCAAAUCUACGAGUUUCAGAAAAGAAGUGUUCAUGGGCCUCUUAUAUGACUAACUCUCCAACCCUGAUUGUAAUGAUUGGUCUUCCUGCAAGAGGCAAGACUUAUGUAUCCAAGAAAUUAACUCGCUACCUCAACUGGAUUGGAGUGCCUACAAAAGUGUUUAAUUUAGGGGUUUAUCGUCGUGAAGCAGUUAAAUCAUAUAAAUCAUAUGAUUUCUUCAGACAUGAUAAUGAAGAAGCCAUGAGGAUUAGAAAACAAUGUGCCUUGGUGGCCCUUGAAGAUGUGAAAGUUUAUCUAAUGGAAGAGUCUGGCCAGAUUGCUGUCUUUGAUGCAACCAACACAACACGAGAAAGACGGGAUAUGAUUUUAGCUUUCGCCAAAGAAAAUUCUUUUAAGGUUUUUUUUGUGGAAUCUGUCUGUGAUGAUCCAGAAGUCAUUGCUGCCAAUAUAUUGGAAGUUAAAGUCUCCAGUCCAGAUUAUCCAGAAAGAAACCGAGAGAAUGUGAUGGAAGAUUUUCUGAAGAGAAUAGAAUGUUACAAAGUCACCUAUCAACCCCUUGAUCCAGUUGAUUAUGACAAAGACCUUUCUUUCAUUAAAGUUAUCAAUGUUGGGCAGCGCUUUCUGGUCAACCGGAUCCAAGACUACAUCCAAAGUAAAAUUGUCUAUUAUCUCAUGAAUAUUCACAUUCAGCCACGCACAAUUUAUCUCUGUAGACAUGGAGAAAGUGAAUGCAACCUUAUUAGAAAGAUAGGUGGAGAUUCGGGCCUGUCCACACGUGGGAAGCAGUUUGCUGGAGCAUUGAAAAGGUUUAUCAAAGAGCAAGAGAUUAUGGAUCUGAAAGUUUGGACUAGCCAGUUGAAAAGAACAAUCCAAACAGCAGAAGCUCUAGGAGUACCAUAUGAGCAAUGGAAGAUACUGAAUGAAAUUGAUGCAGGAGUAUGUGAAGAAAUGACAUAUGAAGAGAUUCAGAGAAAAUAUCCAGAAGAGUUUGCACUUCGAGAUCAAGAAAAAUACCUUUACCGCUAUCCUGGAGGAGAAUCUUACCAAGACUUGGUCCAGCGCUUGGAACCUGUAAUUAUGGAACUGGAACGUCAAGAGAAUGUCCUAGUUAUUUCUCACCAGGCAGUUAUGAGAUGCCUAUUGGCCUAUUUUCUUGAUAAGAGUGCAGAUGAAUUGCCUUAUUUAAGAUGUCCUCUUCAUACCAUCUUUAAGCUUACACCAGUUGCUUAUGGCUGUAAAUUAGAAAUGAUUUCUCUGAAUGUUGAAGCUGUAGACACUCACCGGGAUAAGCCAUCCACAGUGAAUAACCUUCCAAAGAGCCAAACCCCUGUAAGGAUGAGAAGGAACAGCUUUACACCACUAGCCAGUCCGGACACACUAAAACGGCCUCGCAAUUACAGUGUUGGGAGUCAGCCUCUCAACCCGGCAGGAUCCCUGCUAUUCCAGGAGGCUCAAGAUCAACAAAAGCUUCAAGAGAGUGUUCAGGCGCUUCAGAUGGAAAGCCCUUGCAUGGAGAAAUCAGAUGCCGUCAUCUGAGAGCCUCUGGCAUCUGUCUCGACUCCCAAAAAAAAGCUGGCUUAGCAAUGUAGAAGUAUUCCAUUUGUGUCGUAGAAAAACCUCAUGGAUGUCUCUGAAAAAAUUCACCUUCGACUGGAACUACUUGAAAGGUUAUUUAAUGAAGCUGCUUCUGCUGUCUCAGGGGCUUUAAGGCAUGGUAGAUUGUCUCAUUUUUUGAACUUGUCUUUGGAAAUGGAGUUGUGAACAUUUUCUUCUGAUAUAUAUUAAAUCAGUGUUUCUUAACCUUGACAAUUUUAAGGCAUGUGGACUUCAACUCCCAGAAUUCCACAGCCAGCAAUGCUGGCUGUGGAAUUCUGGGAGUUGAAGUCCACAUGCCUUAAAAUUGUCAAGGUUGAGAAACACUGUAUUAAAUGAUCAUCAUUUGAACUUAGAACAAGCUUGCUUUAAAGCCCUUAAGGCCUAAUAAUGCAUUAUUGGUUAUCUAUAAGUCACAUUUUUCUGGAACUUAAAAGACAUCAACAUUAAAAUUAUAAACCAAUUUCAUACCUGUUUAAAUGUUAUGGCUACCAAAUAAAAAAUCCUAAGAAAUACCAUUCUUGUAAAAAGUUUAUAGAAAAGCCUUAACAUCUAAGCUACAUUUAAACAGGUUGAGAUUUGUUGUAUAGAUGUGACUCAUAAAAAAAUUAGAAUUUUUUGCUUCUUCAAUACACAUAUAUCCAACUGAUUUUGUUUCUUUUUCAAUUAAAUAUUGUAUGUUUCAAUUAAAUAUUGUAUGGGAUUGCACUCUAUGACUUAACAAAACUCUUCCUUAUAGAAAAAUAACUGCAUAAGAACCUACUUCUCAAACAUGUUGUAGUUAAUUCAAAGAAUUUAUAAUGUUAUAAGUGCAGUAACAGCGAUAGUGGACAUUAAUUUGCAAUGAAAGAUCUAUACAGAAGAUUUUGCUGAAUAGUAAGAAUGACCUUUUGAAUCUCCUUAAAUGUGGCCUACAGUCUUAGGAGAGUUUAGUCCAGAGGUGUCAAACUGCCAGCCCGCGGGCCAACUGCAUCAUAGCGAAACCACGCCUACCCAAUUGCCGGCAAUGGCAAAAAAAGUCAUGAUACAUCGCGACACGUCACAUAACGCUGCGAGUUUGACACCCCUGGUUUAGUCUGUCUUACUUGAUUCUGCAGGAAAUAUGAGGCAGUUUCUUUCUUUCAAGGGCAUUUAAUCUUGAAUUCUUGACUUCAACAGUUCUUGAGUGGCUAGCUCUCAGGUACUCAUCCUCAAAACAUUAAGUUUUGAAAUGCUGAUUCCAGGGUAUAAACAUCUUAGCCAAAAUGAUAGCAAUAACAUCUCCAAUAGCAAAGACAAAAUAAAUUUGACUUUGCUAUUUCUUGUCUCAUUUCAGGAGAAAAGUCAAAUGUUAAUAAAUAUUAAAGGUAGAACCAUUGCUUGCUAGCCAGUUUGAAACAACUAUCUUCCAAUUUUACUUUUAUUUCUUUUAAUGCUGGAGUCCCCAACCUCUGGGCCACAGCCCACUACUGGGCCCUAGCCUAUUUGCAACUGGGCUGUGUGAGCAGUGCCCGCCAACCUGCCUCUUGGACAAGUUGAGCUGAAUGUGCAUGAGUGCACCAGCUCACUGCUUGCAUGGCCUCAUUCCCGUCUCCCUCCUUGCUGGGCCACCAAGCCACAAAGGUUGGGGACCACUGUUUAAUGUAUAAUAAAAGUAGUAGAAGCACACCACUUAGGCCAAUCAUAGUAUUUUUCCAAAAGUGCCAUCAAUAUGAACUAAUUGGAACAGUUAGUGCUACAUAACUCUAAACUAGGAAGAUCUGAGUUUCUAAAAAGUCAGGUAAAGAUCUGCUUGUCAUAUUUUAAAGAUAUUUUUCUCAUAAGGUAAUUGUUGCUCUAUUCUUCAUGAUUAUUUUUUUGUUGAAAGAAAUAUUAUGGCCAACAUGUCUGCAGUGGAGAGGGUCAAAAUCUGCAAAAUGGAUGCUGUGGUAUCAUCAUCAAAGCUACAUGCUUUAAUGGUGGUGUAGUGGUUAGAAUGCAGUACUGCAGGCUAAUUCUGCUGACUGCUGAGUGCCAGCAGUUCGGCAGUUCGAGUGCUCAAGGCUGACUCAGCCUUCUAUCUUUCCGAGGUUGGUAAAAAGAGGACCCAGAUUGUUGGGGGCAAUAUGCUGACUCUGUAAACCACUUAGAGAGGGCUAUAAAGCACUGUGGAGCAGUAUAUAAGUCUAAGUGCUAUUGCUAUUGCUACAUUAUUUUUGUACCUAUGGCAGUAAAUAGUGAACUUGUGCCUACAAUUUUGCUAAUGUUGACUUCCCCAGGGACCUAUAUGGCAGUGGCCAAACUGGCAUGACAUUAAAUUCUGAUUGCUUUUUUUUUUGCAAAUACAUUCACUCCAAGUCUACAAUUUGCUUUUUAAAAACUUAAUGUUAAGAUACAUUUGAUAUCAUAGUUGAGUUCUGUGCUUGAUGCACAAUGAUUAACAAUUGAUCUUGGAAAGAUCUUUAAAGCUUAACUUCUAUCCUCCUGUUUUGGUCUCUAACAUUUAAAGUUUGCCUUAUUUCUCAUAACCCGCGGGCCAGUUUCAUCAUACUGAAGCCGUGCCCACCCCAUUGCUGGCAAUGCAAAAAGAGUUGUGAUAUGUUGUGACAUGUCACGUGACGUGGCAAGUUGUAAUUCAUAUAUGUUGGGCAGGCAAAAGGAACACAGAACUCAUUGUGUUUUUUUCUCUCUCUAUCCUGAAUAGAGAUAGCAUAUCAGGUAACUUAAAGCAGUAUGUCUGAAAGAUUUAUAUAACUGAGUAUCUUCUUCUUGUUGUUGUUUGUUAAGUACAGUUUAAAAAAUAAGUUAGUGGCAGUGUUUAGUUGUGUAAGUGAGAUAGAUGAUUUCUAAGCAAAGCAAAACAUGAAUAAAGAUGAUAAAUUCCCCUCUAAAGGUGGGAUGGUAAUGUUAACUUGUCAAUGGUGACUUUUCCCUUUUCUUCACUUUUAAAUUUAAAAACUUUACCUCUCAUACUUGGUGGACAUAUUUUUCCACAUUUUUUAAAAUUUCUAAAAUGAUUAUUUUCCAAAUACAUGUGUGGAGCUUUCUUUCAUCUUUAUUUUCUGAUAAAAAUCACAUGAUCAUAAAUAGGUCGCGGGCUAUGUGCAAUCAGAUUAUCAUUGUUAGAAUGUAGUAGAUGGAAGAAGAACCCUCACCCUAGCCUCAUUGUUUUCUAUAUAUCAUUAAAAAAAUUAAAAAGGGGAGAAAGCUCAUAUUCUCUCUCAAUUUACCCAGGAAAUGGUGCAUUCCAUGUGAAAAAGACAGGGAAAAAAUGACUCUUUUGUAGAGGCUAAUGUCUCCUAUGAAUGCCAGAAUUUUGAUUUGACUGGCAUUCCUUUAUGCAGCCAAUUCUAACCUUUAUUCAGAGGUAAAUACCCUAAACAUAGGAUUUUAACCUUAGUGUUACAAUUUUACUUCAAAGGGUAAAAUUAGAAGAGCCCACAAACUAAAGAUAUUACCAUGGCAUCUCAUUUAGUGCGCCAGUGCCACACUGCCGUAUUAUUUUAUUUAAAUUCAUGGUAUGGAUUAAUUUAAAACAUGUAUACAUUCUGUACCUCACUAAUAAAAAUAUGCACAACAAACACAAUAUUUUGCACAAGUAAUGAAAAUGUUUCUCAGAGUGAACUCCUGAUAAUGUCAAGAGAUAAAUAAUAUAUAUUUUUAUGCCAGGACAUAUUAUUCUUUCUCUGAUACUAGCAUCUAUACAUGAAAGAAAAGUUCUGAAUCUAAAGUGAUCAAACCUAUCAAAAUGUUGAGUCACCAAGAGACUGUGAUAGCCAAAAUGAUCUCUUUUUAAAGUGUGUAUAACUUAAACUGGUGUAAGUAACAUAUUGUUGCCUUAACCUGAGAAUGAGGUAGACAUAUACAUGAAACAUACCCAUUUGUAAUUAAUGUCUGAAGUGCAAUACUGAUUGUGCAAUGCUGAUUGUAGUUCUUUACAAUGGUACUCAUGCUUAGUGCCUAUAUAAUAAAUUGUGAUUAUGAUAAAUAAUCAAGCAGUGUAUAAUAUCUAUUUUUGUGCCUCAUCAUCCUUUCACAUAAUUUACUGAUACAAAAGCCUUUUUACUGUUCACAAAACCACCUGGAAUUUUCAACUUGGGAAGGUGUGGAACCAAUAUACUGUAUACAUACAGUCCCAAUACCCAGUCCUUACAGGUAGUCCAGAAUGGUAGCAUAAUUGAUGGUAUAAAACAUUGCUGAGGGAUCAGAAGAGGUACAUUCCCACCAUCUAGUUUGCAACAGAAAUCAUCAGUCAAAGAGAUCAGUGCGGUUUCUGCCCAUGAUCAGCAAUAAAAAAGGAAUACCAUCAUAUCCUUUCUUGAGCAAGACACUGGUGCUUUUCUUGUUUAGGCAUCCAAAGAAAAGU